AUGAGCCUUUUGAAGCUACCUGUCGAAAUUGUCUCCCUCCUCGUCGAGCUACUCGAGGUUGAGGACGUCUUCAAUAUGGCAUUGAGUUGUCGAUUUCUCAGCUGCAUUCUCUACGACAGACGGAUGUGCCGGCUUGCACUCAUGAAAGCCCCAUACUCGGCAGAAGCUCAGCAGGUUCAUACAAGCGGCGAUUACCCAAAGGCGUUUCGUAAGCUGGCUAAGCGGCGAUUGUCCGUUCGCGCUGCUGAGCCUUGGGCGGUUGCCAUAGUGGCCAUGGCAGAUCACUUCAUCUAUACCAACGGCCACUUGUGCUACACCAUCGAACACAAGCAUCUGCGUGUUCUAAACACCCUACAACAGACACCCACGACUGAACUGGCGGUUGAUGUGUCUCUGCUUCUCAGGCUUGCAGUCCGUGAUUACGAUCAUCUCAGACCGCAUACAAUUGAGCCUCUGUAUUGCGCUGAGGGCGUUUUGUCAUGCCUCGCCACACAGGUGCUCGAAGAUUCGACCACAUGCAGCUGGCUCAUCAUAUUUGAGCUGAGGGAGAACCCCAGCUGGGUUGUUGUACAGCGGCCAUGCUCGAUGCAUCCCAUCUUUGUACGUAACGACAAGAACUAUCUAUUCUGGGGCUCAAGGUCACAUUCGACACUCGAAGGUUCCAGCCGAUGGGGCCUCCAUUGCCUCAAUCUCCAGACGCGUAAAUGGUCAGAUUCACAACUGAUCUUGUGGAACUUUCACGCGGCAAAUAUAGGGUCAGAUAUCUGCUUUGAGAUCAUCGAUGGCCAGUUCUAUUGCGUUUCGAAUGUGUUGAAAACGCGGGCCGAAGAUGACACAUGCAACAAUUUCUACCAGGUUGUACGAUUUCCCGUGCAUGAUGCUGUGCAAGCAAGAUGCGAGAAGCCUCUGAUGCGCAAUCUCUGGCGCCGCCAUGAUUCCGAGGGCAUGGUAGAUGGGCGUUGGACAUCUCUACAACUCAGCAAAAGUGAGAAAACUGGCAAAGUAUCUAUCGUUGAGAUACGCAAGGAGUGGUGUCCUGGAAAUGCAGGCAGUCAGAGGACAUGCUACACCAAAGAGCUUCAGUUUGGCCAACAAGAGGCCGAUAAUUUACAAGAACCUCCUCUUCCUUCAAUGCAGCUAGGAUCUAUGGAAGGAAGUUCUAUUGAAGAGGAAUGGGAUAGUAAGGCUUACAUGGAAGAACGAGCAUGUAAGGAUUUUCAUGUUGGUGAUGGUCCGAAGGAUACUAAGACAUACACCCUUCACGAGUGCUUUGUCCGUUCGUACAAUCCAUCAUGCAGCUCAUUCAUUGAUCUUGUCUCUGAAGCUUGCAACCCGUCACUGCGACUCAGAGUACAACCCAAGGAACAAGGAUCGUCAGUCAAACUUUGGCCACGAGAUCAGCACCUGUACCACUGUGAUGGUGUACUGGCUCAGCUGCAUGGUGUUGUCAACCCAAUAAAGCCGAUCAGAGGAGUCGAAUGGAGUAUGGAUGAGCGGAUAUUGGUUUAUUCGCCAACCCACAUGGUUUCUGGUCAAUUGAGGCCUAUUGUCCUCAUGUCGUUUGACCCAGGUUUCCCUCUUCCAGGUUUCCCAAACUAUCGAUGUUGCAGUUUGGAGAUGGAAUACCAGACCAAUAGCCCCUCUCAUGUGCAAGAAAGUGCUAUUGGCCCACCAAACGAAAUGCUGGCGCCGUCAAGUCAAGGAGUUGACGAGUGUUUACCGGCGAGUGGAGAGGAUCAGAAGGCAGACUCCAACUUCGUCAAAAUGCGGCCUUCGCUUUACCGAACGAUGAACAUGGGUAGUGGUAAUGCACAUGGCUUCAACAUGUCAUAUUCUACCCCCUCGGCAUUAAAUUCUGUAACGUGA